CUGCCGACCGCCCCGCUCCCGCCAGCCUGGGCGACUCCGCUCGGCCCGAUUCCCUGCGAACGCUCGGACCCCGCCAGGCCGCGCGCACGCGCAUUCGGGGCGCGGCGCCCAGGAGCCCGGCCCGCGGCGGCCGCUAGGUGGCGCAUGCGCCUUGGAGGGGUGCGGACGGUCUCUGGGAAGAAGGCGGCGGCGGCGGCGAGAGAGGCGGGGGCGCGGUGGAGCCCGGUCCGUGUUUACACAGCGGCGGGCGGGUGCGGACGCGGAACCCGGCGCGGCGGCGGCGGCGGCGGCGGUGGCGGCGACACGAUGGUCAUGGCGCAUUUCGUGGAGAAUUUCUGGGGGGAGAAGAAUAAUGGCUUUGAUGUUCUCUACCAUAAUAUGAAACAUGGACAGAUAUCAACUAAAGAACUAGCAGAUUUUGUUAGAGAAAGAGCUACAAUAGAAGAGGCAUAUUCCAGAUCAAUGACAAAACUAGCGAAAUCUGCAAGCAAUUAUUCUCAACUUGGAACAUUUGCACCAGUGUGGGAUGUGUUCAAAACAUCUACAGAGAAAUUGGCAAAUUGUCAUUUGGAUCUUGUUAGAAAAUUACAGGAAUUAAUAAAGGAAGUUCAGAAGUAUGGAGAGGAGCAAGUAAAGUCUCAUAAAAAGACUAAAGAAGAAGUUGCAGGGACUCUGGAAGCAGUCCAAGCCAUUCAAAAUAUAACUCAGGCCCUCCAGAAAUCUAAGGAAAAUUACAAUGCCAAAUGUGUAGAACAGGAACGUCUGAAAAAGGAAGGAGCUACACAGAGAGAAAUAGAAAAGGCAGCUGUUAAAUCUAAGAAAGCUACAGAUACUUAUAAACUCUAUGUGGAAAAGUAUGCAUUAACAAAAGCUGAUUUUGAACAGAAGAUGACAGAAACAGCUCAGAAAUUUCAAGAUAUUGAAGAAACUCAUCUCAUUCACAUAAAGGAAAUUAUAGGAUCCUUGUCAAAUGCUAUAAAGGAAAUUCAUUUACAGAUAGGCCAGGUUCAUGAAGAAUUUAUAAAUAAUAUGGCUAAUACUACAAUUGAAAGUUUGAUACAAAAAUUUGCUGAGUCAAAGGGCACAGGGAAAGAAAGACCUGGCCUUAUUGAAUUUGAAGAGUGUGACCCUGCUAGUGCAGUUGAAGGCAUAAAACCAAGGAAAAGAAAGACUUUUGCUUUGCCUGGAAUAAUUAAGAAGGAAAAGGAUGCAGAGUCUGUGGAAUGUCCUGAUGCAGAUUCACUUAAUAUUCCUGAUGUAGAUGAAGAAGGUUAUAGUAUUAAACCGGAAACAAAUCAGAAUGAUACCAAAGAGAACCACUUCUACUCAUCCAGUGAUUCUGACUCUGAAGAUGAAGAACCAAAGAGGUACCGGAUAGAGAUCAAGCCUGUGCACCCAAAUAACCUGCACCACACCAUGGCUUCUUUGGAUGAACUAAAAGUCUCCAUAGGGAAUAUAACGCUUUCUCCAGCAGUGUCUAGGCACAGUCCAGUGCAGAUGAAUCGGAAUUCAUCUAAUGAAGAGUUAACAAAAUCAAAACCAUCUUCUCUACCCAAUGAGAAAGGAGCCAGUGAUUUCCUUGCUUGGGACCCCUUGUUUGCAUCACCUCUUGACUCAACUUCUUCAGCUUCAUUAGCUUCAUCAUCGUCAGCCAGACCCACAACUCCUCUUUCUAUAGGCACCAUUGUUCCACCUCCAAGGCCUGCUUCCAGACCAAAGCUUACUUCAGGCAAACUGAGUGGGAUUAAUGAAAUACCCAGGCCAUUCAGCCCACCUGUAACUUCCAACACCAGCCCACCCCCUACCGCUCCCUUAGCCCGGGCAGAGAGUUCUUCUUCUAUCUCUUCAUCUGCCUCACUGAGUGCUGCCAAUACUCCAACAGUAGGAGUGUCACGGGGUCCCAGCCCAGUCAGUCUUGGAAACCAGGACACUUUACCUGUGGCCAUCGCCCUUACAGAAUCCGUCAAUGCUUACUUUAAAGGAGCAGAUCCUACCAAGUGUAUUGUGAAGAUCACUGGAGAUGUGACAAUAUCAUUUCCAAGUGGAAUUAUUAAAGUCUUCACAAGCAACCCCUCUCCGGCUGUGCUGUGCUUUCGAGUGAAAAACAUCAGCAGACUCGAGCAAAUUCUUCCAAAUUCACAGCUUGUGUUCAGUGAUCCAUCACAGUGUGAUUCCAACACAAAAGAUUUUUGGAUGAACAUGCAAGCUGUUACUGUCUACCUCAAGAAGCUAUCAGAGCAAAAUCCAGCUGCUUCUUACUAUAAUGUAGAUGUAUUGAAGUAUCAGGUAUCAUCAAAUGGCAUUCAGUCCACUCCUCUAAAUCUUGCGACAUACUGGAAAUGUAGUGCCAGCACCACUGAUUUGAGAGUAGAUUAUAAGUACAACCCAGAAGCUAUGGUCGCACCGAGUGUGCUUUCCAACAUACAGGUGGUGGUACCAGUGGAUGGAGGAGUCACAAAUAUGCAGUCCCUUCCCCCUGCAAUAUGGAAUGCAGAACAAAUGAAAGCCUUUUGGAAAUUAUCUGGGAUUUCGGAGAAAUCAGACAGUGGAGGCUCUGGAUCUCUCAGAGCAAAAUUUGAUCUUUCAGAAGGACCUAGCAAGCCCACAACACUUGCCGUGCAAUUUCUUAGUGAGGGAAAUACCCUCUCAGGAGUCGAUAUUGAGCUUGUUGGCACUGGCUAUAGACUUUCUUUAGUAAAGAAGCGUUUUGCCACUGGACGAUACUUGGCGGAUUGUUGAUAGACCUAGAAAGCGGUUUUCUCAAGGGAACAGUGCAAACCUGCUACUGCAUCACCUGUUCUUUCCAAACACUAUCUUUACUUGUAUGAUGUCUUUCAAACUUCGUCUUUGAAAGCUGACUACAAACCUUAAAUUGCACUUUUAAAGUGAGUCAUUGAAAGAAAAAGCACUGAAAUGACCUUGUACACAGUAAUGAUCAAACGCAAUAUUCAGGAAGCACAUGUGUUCAAAUUGUCACUAAAAUGAAGUUUAUUAUCUUCAAUAUCUGUGUUUUUAAAAAGGUUAGAAUGUAGUAACAAACCUAAAAUUUCAGGAGAGCAAGCACAAAAUUAUUUAGCUUUCCAUACGUAUUUAGACUCAGAGAUAGCUUUGAAGUUCCAUAAGUUUGAUAUUGAAUGAAUAUAAACAGAACGUGAAUUUUAAGUUUUGAAUGUUAACUCAGAGCUCAAUCUAAUUGAGUUAUAUGCCAUAAGGUAAUCAGACCAGAGUCCAAGUUGUAUGCAUAAAAAACCCUAUAAUCUGAUUCUCAUAAGCAUAUUAGUAAAGUGUAAAUGGUGUUUUAUAUGAUUUUUUAAAAUUCUCAAGUGCAAUGUGUUUUAAAAUAAGCUUGCAAAGGACAGCAGAAAAACUUACUUCUGCAGUUGAUUAACUUUAUAGAAGUUGUGAUUGUUGAUGAAUUAAUGCUGUAGAUUUAAUUUAUUUUUAUAUGGAUUACAUAAUGUGUGCCUUUUAAAACAAUAACAAAACCAGAAAUGUGCCUCUAGUCUGUGUUAAUUCAUGUGCCUCACUUUUUUCUCACGCUGGAUCUUGUAUUCAGAAUCAUACAGUGGUCAAACAUAUUUAAAAGAUAUUUGCAAUUUUUAAAAUACCUUUGUGCUGUAAUUGGAAAGAAAAUUCAAAAUAACCAAAAGAUAAUUUAUACUUAAAAAUCCUGGCUCAUGUCCUUAAUGACACACUGUGGCCACUAGAAAAACAAAUAAGCCUAAUGGAGUAUGUUUACUGGAAAUAAAAUUAUCUUCAGAUAUUCAGCAUUGACCUCAUAAGUAAGUGAAGUGAACAAGUGCUGACACUGGUGAUAAAUUGGUAACUGGUAUUUUAACUCCUAAUUUAGCAUUUCCCUUGACUGUAUUUAUCAAAAAAAAAAUUUACACAGUUACUAUUGUGUUGUGAAUAUGAGUUUUCUAGCAUUCUAUGAGUUUUUCAAAAGAUUGAUUUUGGCAAUGAGAGAAGUACUGUCACUUAUGUUCAAUUUAAUGAUUAGAAAAUUGCCAAAUUCCAUAUGGUAAGAUUAUUUGAAGUAAAGGAUUGGGUUGUUUCUUAAUGUGAACUGCUCAUACUGAGUAGUUACUUUAUACUACAAUUCUGGUUGACAAAAGAAAUAAAAUGUUUUAGACAAAGGUUCAUAACUUACAAGUGGAAAUUUAUAAUAAAUUUUUCAUAAAAGUGAUAGUUUGUGUUAUAUUUGAUAAUUUAUAUAAACCACUAAUUAUUUUGUUAAGCUUUACAAAAGAUAAAACCCCUAUUACUAGACACUAAAAUAUCGUCUUGCUCUACUAAACACAGCAGAGAAUCUAUUCUUCCACAGUAUGUAAUACAAAAUAGGUAUUUUUAUAUAUUCAUUGUUACUCCAGUUCUAAAUUUAGGUUUGACUUAAGCAAACAUAAGGCAAUUUAUUGUAUGUUAGUCUUUACUAACUAGCAAAAUUAGAAUUUCUAACUCAAGUUCUUUUAAAUGCCACUUACAAUUACCCUUACUAAAAUAUUGACUAAAUUUGCUUUUAUUGGACAGCUAAUGCUUUACUGUUUGAAUUCUGACACUGCUAAAUUCACAAUGUCUGUUUUUAAUCAGGUAUUACCUUAUGUUGAAAUGAGUGGAAUGGCUAACCUUGUGCACUUUCUUAUCCCCAUAGCCUUCAUACCUAGUGUUGACAUGCAAGUUUGUAUUGGGUACAGGUUACAGUUUUAAAGCCAUAUGAGUUUAUAGGGAUUUUCUUUUUUCACCUAAAAGUUCACUAAUGUUGUUUUUCAGACACCCAGUAGAUUUCAGUGAGAGACUAUCUAGCAAGCUGGUUCUUGCUGUGUACAGUGAUGACUUUGUAGCUGCUUCUUUAACCAGGAAUUUGUAAACAAACUCUUAACAAGUUUGGCUUUUAAGGAGUGUUAUUUACUACUUUGGGUUGUAAUUUCAGCACAUCUAUCUUCCAAAAUUUUGUAAAUAUUUUCGAUUUUUUUCAUAAAAUGUAAAUUUUACAUAAAAGUUGUAUCCCUAAUAAACAUGUAAUAUAUACUUUA